CGCAGAAGACAAUUUGACCAACAAUCUCCGUCGCCAUUCAUUGCUUCUUUCAGUUCCUGUCCACGUGUUUCCACAUUGGUUUGAUUUGUUGCUAGGAGACAAGUUGAAGCCUCUGUUUACUGUGCACAAAUCCCAGGCCCUCAGAAGGCCAAUAUCUCCAGAGAUUUGAAUUUACAAAGAAGAAGAAAAAAAAAACUUAAUUUUGUGAGAGAAAACAUGCAGAAAGAUGUCGGAUAUAUAUGCGUGACUACAGAGCUUCAAAUUAAAGAAUAAUUACAGAUGGAUAGAAAUCUUAAGUUACUAAGUCAACGUGAAGAAUUGCAGCUAAAAAAGGAGGUUGAGCGCUUAUGCAAGCAGUCUCAGAAGGAUUUUCUUCAUUACACGCAGCAGAUCAGCAGUUCUUCCAGAAAAAGGACUUCUCCAACAGUGAUGGUAGAAUCUGUUCCAGUUCAGUCACCUCAGACGGACUCUUUCAAGAGAACCCGUAACUAUGCCAAUGCCAGUAAAAAAAAGAACACAUUGGUUUCUAAAAACUUUGUUGACUCUCCUGAGGUGCAAAAAGAUAUUUUAAACUCAUCACCCACCUUUCUGCUGGGAGAUCCAAAGCCAGAAAGAUUUCUGAACCAAGUUAAGGACCUUAAGGCGAUGAUUAAAGGGGUAGCUGCAUGUUAUCAAGAAGAUAAGGGUCAUGAAAACUAUAAAAAACAAAAGAAACUUUGUGAAGACGAGGGCUUGUUAAAUAGUGGAACAUCAGAACAUGCAGAUAAAGCAGCCCGUAAACCUGUAAUAGCACUAAUAGAUGGAACCACUAAAGCAGUUACAAUUUCCAAACGGCCUCAACCACCUCAGAGACCAAAAUAUAAGCCUGUCGUUUGGACCAGAGCACGUAUAUUGAAAUCACCUUUCAUAGAGGAAGUGGAGAAACCCAUAUCAAUAAACAAGCCGAAAACCAGUAAAGUUAGAAUGCAGUCCACAAAUAGCCAGAAAUCGCUGAAGACAGAAAGCAGCAGCAAUGACAGUGAUCAUAGUGAUGAUUCUCUUUCGGAAGACUCUGAGGAUAGUGCGAGUCCAGAUGACUCUGGGAAAGAGAAAAAUAAAAGGAUGAAAAAGCAAAAAAAGUUCAAGACUGAAAGGCCGAUUUCUGUAGUGCCUGAUGAAGUAACAGUUGUGGAACCCGGAAUUCCUGGAAGCAGAAAAAGCAGUGUGGGUUCCAGUCACAGUCAAAGUGUGAGGUCCACUUCACAACUGCUGGAAGAGGCUAAGGACAUAGCAAGAACAGGAGCAUCAAUAAUAAACAAGCAAAAUAUCCAGCACAGAAAGCCAAAAGAAGACACUGCAAAGUUACCAGUUAGGGAGAGUGGAAGGACGACUGAUGAAGUUAUUGCAUCUCUGCAGUCUGGGAGCCACACAGACUCACUGUCAACUUCAGACCAGAUGGUCAAAGAGCUCACGGAGAAAGUGCUUGGCCACAGUAGUAAAUGUGAGGGGGGUGAAAGUGAAGCAUGGGCAUUGGAAGCUCCAGGAAACCAACACAUUCCCACAGAGGGAUCAGCAUUAUCAGCUGAACCCCAACCUUUGUCUCCAGAUCAGACUUCCAGGAUGUUUACAGAAAUACAGGCUGAACAGCAAGUCUCUGUAAAAGAUGUUGAAGAAACAGAGAAUGGUUCCGUUGACCUUACAUCGAUGAUCAGGAGCAAAGAUACACCAUUUUCCUUAGAUCUUUCCUUUCCCUGUGAACAGGAUUCCUCAGAGAUUGAUGAUUUAAUCAAGAUUUCACAACUUCCUAAACAGGUGACAUAUUCUGAUAUAAUUCAAGUCAAAGGAGUCCCAAUCACAAUGAAAAAAAAGCAAAUUCUAUCAGAGAGAAAGAAAUCAGAGCAGCAAGUUUCUUUCCUGGCAACGUGGACCCCAACAAACAACAAAUCUCAAAAGUACAAAACAAUCCAUCACCUGUGUACUAUUUCAUCUACUCACAUCCUGACCCAGGAUUUACAGCGAGCAUCAGGCUUAUAUCUCAUGCCCAACAUAACACCUGCUGCAGAUCAGGUCCACCAAGUGGCAGCAUUGAGUCACUAUGAGGCUACUGAAAAAAACAGAAUUCUACAAGGAGCCCCCCUUUUAGAUAUAUAUCAAAGAGAAAAAGAAUAUGGUGUUAGGAUUCUGCAAGCACAUUCCAAAGACAGUUUGACUGAAUGGCAACAGAUAGCAGAGUAUUAUGUGGAGAGACCUAGAAUGCAACUUUUGGGGAAACAGGCUGCCAAGUACAUGAAUGCUUCAAGAAUGUUUUGGAAACCAGCGCCUCCGAAAUUUACAUUUGCGCCAUCAUUUGUGCAAGACAAAAUAUUUCCCAAUUACCAGGAAACUAAGCACAGUGUGGAAGGCGAAGAACUGUACUGUGGCCUGCAAGACCUGAAUGAGUCAGAAUACGUUGAUUUGGAUGCAGAACGUAGAGCUAUAAUGCUAAAAGUUUUAUCAAGAAAACACAAAUCUACGUUCGAACUAAGGUCGACAGAAGAUCUUUCUCUGCAGAUGUUUACAGAGGCCAAUGUAAAGUCUUGUUUAAUUAGGAAAUCAAUAUCAGCUCCAAACCUGUCCACGGAGACCAAAACAGAAUUAAAGGUUCCUGCUGAUUUCAAAACCUUAUCAAAUGAGUUGGAACUUGCAAAGCUGCAACAGCUAUCUCGAUCAAAGCCUCAGGCAAAGAUAGAAGUCUCCUCUUCUUCAACUAAUCCCUUAAUGGAAACUCCUACCGCACAAUUUGCCAAACUUGAGGCUCCAGAUCAAAUCAAUAAAGACAGCCCUGUCCUGCAACCACAGAUCAAGGGCAAAAUGUCCAAUGUUGAGGCUGCACGGAACGCUGGUAUGAAAUACAUUAUACAUCCAAGAAAGAAGAAAACCACACAGGAAAAAAAAAAGCUUAGCCCCCAAAAGCUAGCUUUUGUACACGAUAAAUUUAAUCAACCUGCGAGGACGCUUACAAGAUGCAAGUCUUUGCUUCGGCUGCAUAGAACAAUUGAACCCUCUCUAAGAGUACCUGAAAAGAGCCGCCAUUAUCGAAGCUCAAGCCUCCCUUUGAUGCUGAACUUCGAAAGGUUUACUGAAGAUCAUGAUGGCAUCCCUGAGAAUGUCCAUGUCAGAGAGUGGGUGAGAGAUAUUUGGAACAGUUGGUUUGAUGAAGUCUUUCCCCCACCCGAAAAUGUAAAAGUUUCUGCUGCUAAAACAACAAAGCUACCUUAUACUGAGACAAAGAACAUAGUGGAAAAACCACAGCCAGAUGAGGAAAAGCCAGUGCCAGAUCAAAUAGAUCUCUCCCUUGCUUUUGGACCAUCAAUUAAUACUGCUGAUUUGCAGAAUGAAAUUGACAAGAUUACACAAUAUCUAGCUGAAGAGGGAAGUUCCAAUGCCUUUAAUUUCUGCAGACGAGGAGCUCUUUAUAAAAAGAUGGGUAAUCUUAAACUGGCUUUAGAAGAUCUGAACAAAAGCAUAAGCAUUGAGCCAGGUCUACUGGAUGCAUAUUGGCACAGGCAUUGUAUCUCUUUGCUGAAAGGAAAUCAAAAACAUGCCUUAGAUGACCUGCAUUUCAUAAUUAAACACAAUAAAAACCACGCAGAUGCCUACAUGUCAAAAGCAGAAAUUUACAGAAGCAAAGGAGAUAUUACCAUGUCAAUAGUAAAUUACACUCGGGCAAUUAAGGCUAGACCUGAAGAUGAUGAGGCCUAUUUCAGGAGGGCACAAAUGUUUGAAAAGAGCAAUGAAAAGUCAUUGGCAAUUGAUGAUUAUGCUAAGGCCAGUACUAUUAAUCCAAAAAGAACAGAUGCUUUGAUGAUUCAUGGCCUGCACUUCUUUAAGAAUUUAAAUUGGAGUGUAGCUAUUCAGGACUUCACAGCAGUAAUGAAACACGAACCUCUAAAUGCCAAAGCUAGGACUUACAGGGGAAGAGCAUAUGCUAAGCAAGGACAUUACCAGCAAGCAGUAGAAGAUUUAUCAGCAGCAGUCCAUUUGGAUCCCAACAACUGGAUAGCUUUUUACCACAGAGGUUGUUUACUGAGGAAAAGUCACGGUGAAAUCGCUUUGCGGGACCUAAGUGUUUCAGUUCUCAUCAAUGACGGCGUUGAUAACCUCAAUGCCUUUUUACACCGUGGAAUCCUCUAUACAGAACUAAACCAGUGGAUGCAAGCUAUCUGUGACUUUGAGCAUGUACUGAAACUUGACAGAUAUGUUGCUGUCGCUCACAUGAACCUAGGGCUUAUUUUUAUGCUAAAAAUGGAAAAUCAUUAUGAAGCUAUUCGCAGAUUUACUAGCGCCAUAAAGAUUGACCCUACCUGCAACAGAGCAUAUGUUUGUCGCGCCGAAGCUUAUAACAAGGUACACGAUUUACAAAGGGCACUGAAAGAUGUAACUCAAGCUAUCCAUCUACAACCUGAUACUCAGCAUUUAUACAUAAUGAGAGGAGAGUACUUGUGUAAGAUGAAGAAAUUUGAACUUGCAAGCUUCUGUAUCCAUUAUGCAGCUGAAAUGAAUAAAGCUCUAGGUUCUUCUCCGAUCCAGCAAGCUGCUGUCCAGUCUUUUCUAGGGAACAACACAAAAGCCAUCGAUUGCCUUGUUUCAGCCAUAAAAACCUGUUCCACACCACCUGUAAUCAUUCUUCUAGGAAAAACACAGAUGAAAGCCAAGAAAUACAAGGAAGCAGUGAAAAGCUUCAAAACAGCAUUGGAUCUGUUGAGUGCAAAGGAAGGCGUUAUAUCAACUGCACCCGAGGCUGCAGAAAUCUUUCAUUUAAUAGGCCUUUGCUACAUGAGACAAGUCAAUUUAUUACAGGCUUUGGAAGCUUUCACAAGUGCUGUGAAGAUAAAUCCUGAGCAUGCAGAUGCAUUCUACCAGCGUGGACUCUGUAAGAUGCGUCUUCAACAGGCCACAAGUGUCCAUGAUUUCAAUCGAGCACUUGCCGCCAACCCAAACCUCUUUCAAGUAUACCUAAGCCGUGCUGCUUUCUAUGGUGAAAAAUGUCGCUACUCAAAGGCUGUUCUUAACUGCAAUGAAGCUAUCAAAAUUCACCCGAAGAGUGUGAGAGCAUAUCUUUACAGAGGUGCUUUAAAGUUCUACAUGAAGGUAUAUAAGAAUGCGUUGGAAGACCUAACUACAGCUAUCAACCUUGACAACAUGUGCACUUUGGCGUAUUACAAUAGAGGAGUGUGCUAUCAGCAAACAGAGCAGUAUGAAAAAGCUUUAAAAGACUAUGGAAUUGUACUUCUUCUUGGAAGCAGACAGGAAGUUGAUCUUAAAGUGCUAAUUAAUCGUGGACUACUGUAUGCAAAGCUCAAUGACCAUCAUAAUGCACUGCUGGAUUUCAAGGCUGCCACCAUGAUAAACCCUGAAGACCCAGCAAUCUUCAAUGCCCUUGGGAUCUGCCAUCACAGACUUGGACAACUUGCCGUAGCAAUUGAUGCCUUUAACCAAGCAAUUAAACUAAAGCCAUUUUUCCUGGAUGCGUAUGUGGGACGUGGGAAUGUAUACAUGGAUUACGGCCACGAAGCAGCAAACAAACAAGCACAGAGAGAUUUCCUUACAGCACUGCACUUAAACCCUGCAUGUUCAAAAGCCAGAAUCAACCUUGGUUACAACUUCCAGGUUUUUGGAAACUUCAAGAAAGCCUGGAAUCAGUUUACAGUUGUAGCUGAUAUAGAUCCGACAUGCAGUACUGCUUAUGAGGGACGAUCUGUCAUCAACCUUCAAAUGGGCAACACAUUUGCUGCAUUUCAAGAUGUAAAUACAGCUUUGAAGCUUAACAAAGCCUCUGAUGAGCUGAUUACAAACCGUGGUGUCAUACAUCAGUUCAUGGGAGACCAUUCCAAUGCAAUGAAGGACUACAAGAGGGCAAUUACAAUUAACCCUCAUUAUGCGUUGGCUUAUUUCAAUGCUGCCAACAUCUACUUCUACAAUAGACAGUUUGAACAGGCCAGUGAGUACUAUACUAAGGCGUUUGACCUUGAUCCAAGUAACGAAUCCUCUGUUCUGAAUCGAGCAAUUACCCGGACUUUGCUUCGAAAUGUGCAAGGAGCUCUGGAGGAUUUUAAAGAAGCUUUGAAUCUCAGCCCAUUCUCUGCUCAAAUAUAUUUUAAUAGGGCAAACCUUUACAUAUCUCUAAAGCAGUACCAAUUGGCUGAGAAUGACCUCUCUCAAGCACUCCUGCUUCAGCCCCAUGAUGCACUGGUGUAUAAACUCAGAGCUGAUGUACGAGGUCAGCUUGGUUUAACAGAACAAGCUAUUUUGGAUUACAAGCAAGCAGUAGAACUUCAGGAAGCUACUCAAGCUCUAUAAAGCAUCCCCACUGAUGCACCUGUUUUCACUGUGUAGUGUAAGGAUACUUAAAAUAUUAUCACAAAAAGUUCUGAUGUUUAAUAAUUCAAGUAUAAAACAGAUUUGUAAAUAAGAUGAAAAACUUAAAUAUGUCAAUGUUUUACUGGAUAACAUUAAAUACAAAUAUGACAUUUUAAGGAUAGCAGUAUGUUUAUAAACUCAAAUUCUUGUCUGCUGUUAACAGUGUUGUUAGUAACCAAAGCUUCAUCUUCCUGUUUUAUAAUUUUUGGGGAAAUUCUUUAGGUUCUAGAUGAUCCUUUUAGAAUGAUGUUGUUUGUUCUUUAAUACUAUAUUUUCUAUGUAUAGUGACUGUUCGGAAUCAUUUUUAUUGUUGUAUUGUUAUUUGUGAGUAUGGACUUGUGGCAGGGUGAUUGCCCUGCACAGUGGUAAAUUAGUGUUGGUGUGAUUUAUGUGGGAAUGGGUUUAUUUUGUGUCAUUUUUGGAGUUGAUUUGUUUGAUUGAAUUAUUGUUUUACAGACGGGCGCUCGAUUGAGACGCUCGAUUGCUGCCUGCUAGGCUUGGUUGAGGGGAAGGGCAGCAGGUGAUUGGCUGGGCUGGACCUCAAUCAGCAGGUGGGUGGGUCUUGAUCGAGUGUCCGUCAGGUUAAAAACACGCGUGAAACGAGGAAGACCCUGUCACAGGACUAUUUAGGUCUCUAUUUGUAUUAGUGCUCGCACUAUUAAAAUGUACCUGUGCUUGUCCUGCGGGCACAAAGUGAAUAAACUGAACUAAAAGAA